CUCUUUCCCCUUCAAAUCUUCAUUACUAUCAUUCUUCAGAAAGAACAACAAGAAGAAGAAAUCCUCUUCUUAAGAGAGGUUUCUGAGAGCUUAAAAAAAUGGCGCACCUGGGCGGCGGCGCGGAGGCGCACGCCCGAUUCAAGCAAUACGAGUACCGGGCCAACUCGAGUCUUGUCCUGACCACCGACUCUCGGCCUCGCGACACCCACGAGCCCACCGGCGAGCCGGAAUCCCUCUGGGGCAAAAUCGAUCCCAAGCACUUCGGCGACCGGGCUUACCGAGGGAGGCCACCGGAGCUGGACGAAAAGCUCAAAAAGUCGAAGAAGAAGAAGGAGCGGGACCCGCUUUCGGAGCCCGCCGCCGCGGCCCCGGUUCGCCAGGCGAAGAGGCGGCGGGUUCAGGAGGAGAGUGUCCUCACCUCCACGGAGGAGGGAGUUUACCAGCCGAAGACCAAGGAAACUCGUGCUGCUUACGAGGCCAUGCUCAGCGUCAUUCAGCAUCAGCUUGGUGGCCAGCCACUCAACGUUGUGAGCGGGGCAGCGGAUGAGAUCCUCGUGGUGCUUAAGAAUGACGCUUUGAAGAAUCCCGAUAAGAAGAAGGAGAUUGAGAAGCUGUUGAACACGAUUUCCAACUCGGAUUUUGAUAAGUUGGUUUCUAUUGGGAGGCUUAUCACUGAUUAUCAGGACGGCAGUGGGGAUGCUGCUGGUUCGGCUGCGGCGGCGGGGACCGGGGAUGAUGGGCUGGAUGAUGAUGUGGGUGUGGCGGUUGAGUUUGAGGAAAAUGAGGAUGAGGAGGAAGAGAGUGAUCUUGAUAUGGUCCAAGAGGACGAGGAGGAUGAAGAUGAUUUGGCGGAGGCGAAUGGAUCGGGGGGAAUGCAAAUGGGAGGUAGGAUUGACGACGAUGAUAUGCAGGAGGCGAACGAGGGAAUGAGCCUUAAUGUUCAGGACAUUGAUGCUUAUUGGCUGCAGAGGAAGAUUUCUCAGGCUUAUGAGCAGCGGAUUGAACCGCUGCACUGCCAGGAGCUUGCUAAAGAUGUGCUUAAGAUUCUCGCUGAAGGCAGCGAUGACAGGGACGUUGAGAACAAGCUGCUGUUGCACCUGCAGUUUGAAAAAUUCAGCCUCAUUAAGUUUCUGCUGCGAAACCGGCUGAAGGUUGUUUGGUGCACCCGUCUGGCGAGGGCAGAGGAUCAAAAGGAGAGGGAGAAAAUCGAGGAGGAAAUGGUGCAUUUGGGUCCUGAGUUGGCUGCGAUUGUGGAUCAGUUGCACGCCACAAGGGCGACUGCGAAAGAGAGGCAAAAGAACUUGGAGAAAAGCAUUAGAGAAGAGGCUCGGAGGUUAAAGGACGAGAGUGGUGGAGACGGUGACAGAGGCAGGAGGGGAGUUGGUGGUGAUAGAGAUUCGGAGAGUGGGUGGUUGAAGGGCUCAUUGCAGCUCCUCGAUCUCGACAGCCUUGCCCUUCAACACGGUCGGCUUGCUUCUAAUCAUAAGUGCAUCCUUCCCGAUGGAUCUUUUAGACGUGCCAGCAAAGGGUACGAAGAAAUUCACGUGCCCGCAUUGAAGCCAAAAGCAUUUGAUCCGGACGAGAAACUUAUUAAAAUAUCCGCCAUGCCUGAGUGGGCGCAACCCGCUUUCAAGGGUAUGACCCAGUUGAACAGGGUACAAAGUAAGGUGUAUGAGACUGCCCUUUUUAAGGCAGACAACAUACUUUUGUGUGCUCCCACUGGGGCUGGCAAAACAAAUGUUGCCGUGCUCACAAUACUUCAGCAGAUUGGAUUGCACAUGACUAGGGAGGAUGGUUCGAUUAACCACAAUGAUUACAAGAUUGUGUAUGUUGCGCCGAUGAAAGCUCUUGUUGCUGAAGUUGUUGGAAACUUGUCUCAUCGUUUGCAGGACUAUGGUGUGAAGGUGAAGGAGCUCAGUGGUGACCAGUCCCUCACUCGCCAGCAAAUUGAAGAAACUCAGAUCAUUGUCACAACUCCUGAGAAGUGGGAUAUCAUAACAAGGAAGUCGGGUGACCGUACUUAUACCCAACUUGUGAAACUUUUGAUUAUUGAUGAGAUUCAUCUUCUUCAUGAUAAUAGAGGUCCUGUGCUCGAAAGUAUUGUUGCUAGGACUGUUAGGCAAAUUGAAACCACGAAAGAACAUAUUCGGUUAGUAGGCUUAUCUGCGACGCUGCCGAAUUACGAAGACGUGGCGCUGUUUUUACGGGUUGAUCACAAGAAGGGACUUUUCUAUUUUGACAACAGUUAUAGACCCGUCCCUCUUUCUCAGCAGUACAUAGGAGUUCAGGUGAGAAAGCCCUUGCAGAGGUUUCAGUUAAUGAAUGAUCUCUGCUAUGAAAAGGUAAUGGCUGUGGCGGGCAAGCAUCAGGUUCUCAUCUUUGUCCAUUCAAGGAAAGAGACCGCCAAAACGGCUCGUGCCAUAAGAGACACUGCCCUUGCUAAUGACACCCUCAGUAGAUUUUUGAGAGAAGACAGUGCUAGCCGUGAAAUCCUACACACACAUACGGAUUUGGUGAAGAACAAUGAUCUCAAGGAUUUGGUGCCUUAUGGUUUUGCAAUUCACCAUGCUGGUUUGAACAGAACUGAUCGGCAGCUUGUUGAGGAGCUCUUUGCGGAUGGCCACAUUCAAGUUCUGGUUUCCACUGCAACACUUGCUUGGGGUGUGAAUCUGCCUGCUCACACCGUGAUCAUCAAAGGCACCCAGAUUUAUGACCCCGAAAAAGGAGCAUGGACUGAGCUCAGUCCUCUGGAUAUCAUGCAGAUGCUGGGUCGUGCAGGAAGACCCCAAUUUGAUUCUUAUGGAGAGGGCAUAAUUAUUACCGGUCACACUGAGUUGCAAUACUAUCUUUCUUUGAUGAAUCAACAACUUCCUAUUGAAAGUCAGUUUGUUUCCAAAUUGGCUGAUCAGUUGAACGCAGAAAUUGUGCUUGGAACUGUUCAGAAUGCCGAAGAAGCUAUUCAAUGGCUUGGGUACACUUAUCUAUAUGUUCGCAUGGUACGGAACCCUGCACUUUAUGGUAUGGAAGCUGAUGUUCUCAAGAGGGACAUGACAUUGCGCGAACGCCGAGCUGAUUUGAUUCAUUCUGCUGCAACAAUUUUGGACAAAAACAACUUGAUCAAGUAUGAUCGGAAAAGCGGGUAUUUCCAGGUAACUGACUUGGGUCGCAUUGCUAGUUACUAUUAUAUUACGCACGGAACAAUAUCUACAUAUAAUGAGCAUUUGAAGCCAACAAUGGGGGAUACGGAACUUUGUCGUCUAUUCUCACUGAGCGAGGAAUUUAAAUAUGUAACUGUACGUCAAGAUGAGAAAAUGGAGCUAGCAAAGCUUUUGGAUCGCGUUCCCAUUCCCAUCAAAGAAAGCCUGGAAGAGCCCAGUGCGAAGAUUAAUGUUUUGCUGCAAGCUUAUAUUUCACAGCUGAAGCUUGAAGGGCUUUCAUUGACUUCUGACAUGGUGUACAUCACUCAGAGUGCGGGACGACUUCUUCGAGCUCUUUUUGAAAUCGUUGUGAAACGAGGAUGGGCACAAGUAGCAGAAAAGGCUUUGAACUUGUUCAAGAUGGUUAACAAGAGAAUGUGGAGUGUCCAGACACCACUUCGCCAAUUUCAUGGAAUAGCAAAUGAUGUUUUGAUGAAGUUGGAAAAGAAGGACUUGGCCUGGGAAAGGUACUAUGACCUCUCAUCUCAAGAGCUUGGGGAGUUGAUUCGAGCUCCAAAGAUGGGUAGAACGCUCCACAAGUUUAUUCAUCAAUUUCCCAAGUUAGACCUUGCGGCCCAUGUGCAGCCAAUAACUCGCACUGUUUUGAGGGUUGAGCUCACAAUAACACCCGACUUCCAAUGGGAGGACAAAGUUCAUGGAUAUGUGGAGCCCUUUUGGGUCAUUGUGGAGGAUAAUGAUGGCGAGUAUAUUCUCCAUCAUGAAUAUUUUAUGCUGAAAAAGCAAUACAUUGAUGAGGACCACACGUUGAAUUUUACAGUUCCAAUUUAUGAACCUCUGCCACCACAGUACUUCAUUCGUGUUGUGUCGGAUAGGUGGCUUGGGUCACAAACUGUUUUGCCUGUUUCUUUCAGACACCUCAUCUUACCAGAAAAGUAUCCUCCCCCAACAGAGUUGUUGGAUUUGCAGCCGUUGCCUGUGUCUGCUUUGAGAAAUUCGUCAUAUGAGGAUCUUUACAAGGAUUUUAAACACUUUAAUCCUGUUCAGACCCAGGUUUUCACCGUUCUGUAUAAUUCAGAUGACAAUGUCUUGGUUGCUGCGCCAACAGGGAGCGGGAAGACCAUUUGUGCGGAGUUUGCCAUAUUAAGGAAUCACCAAAAGGGGGCUGACAGUAUGCGAGUGGUGUAUAUUGCACCUAUUGAAGCUCUUGCUAAGGAACGUUAUCGUGAUUGGGAGAAGAAGUUUGGAGAGCAUCUGAAGAUGCGCAUUGUUCAAUUAACCGGGGAAACUGCAACGGACUUGAAACUGCUCGAGAAAGGUCAAAUUAUCAUCAGUACUCCAGAGAAGUGGGAUGCCUUAUCUCGCCGCUGGAAACAACGCAAGCAUGUUCAACAGGUCAGUCUCUUUAUUAUUGAUGAACUUCACUUGAUUGGGGGUCAAGUUGGUCCGAUCUUGGAGGUCAUAGUUUCUAGAAUGAGAUAUAUAGCUAGUCAGGUUGAAAACAAGAUUCGCAUCGUUGCUCUGUCCACAUCUCUUGCAAAUGCGAAGGAUCUUGGGGAAUGGAUAGGUGCUACCUCUCAUGGCCUUUUCAAUUUUCCUCCCGGUGUGCGUCCAGUGCCACUUGAAAUACAUAUACAGGGUGUGGAUACAUCCGCGGGUAAUUUUGAAGCGAGAAUGCAAGCGAUGACAAAACCGACAUACACGGCAAUCGUCCAGCAUGCCAAGGAUGGCAAACCGGCUAUUGUAUAUGUUCCUACUAGGAAGCAUGUCCGUCUCACAGCUGAGGAUCUGGUGGCCUACUCACAAGUAGACAGUAGCGGAAAUACACCAUUUCUGUUGCAGUCAUUGAAAGAUCUUGAGCCGCUUGUUGAUGGAGUCCAUGAAGAAAUAUUGAAAGCCACUUUACGUCAUGGGGUUGGCUACUUGCAUGAGGGCUUAUCCAGUUUGGAUCAAGAAGUUGUGUCACAGCUUUUCGAAGCUGGAAGGAUUCAAGUGUGUGUCAUGAGUAGUUCAAUGUGUUGGGGGGUGCCAUUGUCAGCUCAUUUGGUGGUUGUGAUGGGAACACAGUAUUAUGAUGGCCGGGAAAAUAUCCACACGGAUUACCCUGUCACUGAUCUGUUGCAGAUGAUGGGUCAUGCUAGUCGUCCUUUGCUAGAUAACUCCGGGAAAUGCGUCAUCCUCUGCCACGCACCUCGUAAAGAGUACUACAAGAAAUUCUUGUAUGAAGCUUUCCCGGUUGAAAGCCAUUUUCACCACUACCUACAUGAUAAUCUGAAUGCGGAAAUUGUUGCUGGAAUUAUUGAGAACAAGCAAGACGCUGUGGAUUAUCUUACAUGGACUUUUAUGUACAGGAGGCUAACGCAGAAUCCCAACUAUUACAAUAUUCAGGGAGUUAGCCACAGGCAUCUUUCUGACCACCUCUCCGAGCUUGUAGAACAUACCCUCAAUGAUUUGGAAGCAAGCAAGUGCGUGGUUAUCGAGGAUGACAUGGACCUUUCUCCUUCGAAUCUCGGCCUAAUUGCCUCGUAUUAUUAUAUCAGCUAUGCCACUAUAGAACGUUUCAGUUCUUCCUUGUCUUCCAAGACAAAGAUGAAGGGUCUUAUAGAGAUUCUUGCUUCAGCUUCAGAGUAUGCACAGCUUCCGGUACGACCUGGGGAGGAAGAUGUGGUUCGAAGGCUGAUCAAUCAUCAGAGAUUCUCCUUUGAAAGUCCAAAUUGCGGGGAUCCUCAUGUGAAAGCAAACGCUCUACUUCAAGCCCACUUCUCGAGGCAUUCUGUGGGCGGGAAUCUGGCGCUUGACCAACGAGAGGUGCUCCUUUCUGCGAGCAGGCUGCUACAAGCAAUGGUUGAUGUUAUUUCUAGCAAUGGCUGGCUGAACCUAGCUCUUCUUGCAAUGGAAGUUAGCCAGAUGGUGACACAGGGCAUGUGGGAGCGUGAUUCCAUGCUUCUACAGCUUCCCCACUUCACAAAGGAGUUGGCCAAGAGAUGUCAAGAGAGAGGUAUAGAGACAGUGUUUGAUUUGGUGGAAAUGGACGAUGGCGACAGGCGCGAGCUGCUUCAGAUGACGGAUUUGCAGUUGCUGGAUAUCGCGAGGUUUUGCAACCGUUUUCCCAACAUUGACAUGGUGUACGAGGUGUUGGAGAGCGAUAACGUGAGAGCAGGAGAUGUUGUUACACUGCAAGUCACUCUCGAGAGGGAUCUUGAGGGGAGGACGGAGGUCGGGCCCGUGGACAAUCCCAGGUAUCCCAAGGCCAAAGAAGAAGGGUGGUGGCUUGUUGUUGGUGAUACCAAAAGUAACUCUUUGCUUGCCAUCAAAAGGGUUUCUCUGCAAAGGAAGUCGAAGGUUAAGCUUGAUUUCACGGCUCCUUUGGACGCCGGAAAGAAGUCGUACACCCUUUAUUUCAUGUGUGAUUCCUAUCUGGGCUGUGAUCAAGAGUAUCCCUUCACCGUUGAUGUCAAAAGAGAGGGGGAUGAUGUAGAAAGUGGGGAAGAGUAAAAUAAAAGAAGCGUUAUUUCAGUUUUGUUAUCCUUUCCUAUAUCUUCUCUUUAAUGUAUUUGCUAUUUCAGACUAGUUUUGAAAUGUUCUUUGUAAUGCUAACAAUGAUUGUGUCAUGCUAGCUGAGAAUGACAAAAAGAUGUAGUUUUCGUCUAUUAGAUGCUAAAGAAGAACGUUUAAUGUUCCCGUUUACAUUUGAAAGUGGUUGACUUAUGUAUUCUCUUUCUUGUUUGGUUCUUAAAGAAGAAAGAAAAUCAAAAUCCUGUAUGCAGGGCUGAUUUGUUUUGC